AUGAAAGGAUCAGAAAUUGGAUUUAUAGAGGACGAGAAGAAUGAAAUAGUUAUCAUAAUAGAUUCCCAAGACCAAGAAGAUUUUGCUGUAGUUGAAGAGAUUGUAAAUGAGGAGAAUAUAUUAAUUGAGGGCCUUCUAUGGGAUGACAAGUCGAUUCUGAACCAAAUUGAUCAAAUUAAUCAAAUAACGAGUAAGAACUUUGAGAGCAUAAAAGAAGAGGAAAUUUCAGUUGAAAAAAUGGAUGAAGAGUUUGAAUAUGAAGAAUUGAAGUAUGAGAUAAUUAAUAACUUAGAGGGAAUCGAAUUAGAGAAUGAAAUAGUGAAUGAAGAAUAUUUAAAAGCUAUAAGAGAGAACGAAAACGAAAACAAAAACGAAAACAAAAACGAACACGAAAACGAACACGAACACGAAAAAGAAAAAGAAAAAGAAAACGAAAAAGAACAAUGUUUUGAUAUUGCUAAUACAAAAGACUUAACUAUUUGCCUUCCUGAAUUUCUCAAAAUGACAGAACCAAAAGUAGAUGUGGGAGCGGAAAAUCACCUAAUUGAUUAUGUAUUAAACAAAAAUUUGUUAAAGGUUUUAUUUUUAAAAUACCAGGCAUCAAAUCAGACUCAGGGCCUUAGGGCCAUCAAUUAUUUAAAUAAAGUUCAAAAUAUUGUAAAAGAUCAUUUUCAAAAGUCCCGAAAAUACAAUAGUAUGGUUAUAUUAGACUUACAAAAAAAGAGUUUAAAAAGCAAUUCGAAAAUUAAGUCCAUAAUGAUGAAUCAGAUGGAUUAUUUAUUGAAAUACGAGAAAAAUAGUAAGAAAUAUCUCCAGCUGGAAAGCUUAACAAUCCAGAAAGAAGUAGAAGAGAAUAAUUCUUUAACUAAAGAUGUUAUUAGUGUGCUUAGGCCAUCGACUUUUAAUCAAACAUUCAAAAAGAACCACUUGAACUGUAACACAGAAAAAUCACUAUUAUAUAUUGAAAUAAAGGAUAUUGAGCAGCUUGAAGCAGAUUAUUCUACAGAAAAUCAAAUUUUUGAAGUAAUAGAGGAAACUGAUGGUGAAUUUUGUAAUAGUUUGGAGUCAGUCAAUCCCAAGCUUGAAGGUGAGAACUUUGAAUUAAAUGCAAAUUUGGAAUCGGGCUCACAUGAACAUCUUGAAGUAGAGGAAAAUCGCAUGAUUAAAGUCUUAGAAUCAGAAUCAGGUUUUGAACUUGACCUAAACAUAGAAUUAGAACUAGAACCAAAAUCUGAAUCAGAAAUAAGAACAAAAUCUGGUUUGGAAUCAGUAUUGAAAUUGGAAGAAUUAAAUGACGAAUUCGAGGUAGGGUCAUCAAAUUCAAUUUUAAAUGUGGAGUGCAAAGAAAAUCCAGAAUUUUUGAUCUGUAAAGGAUUUGAAAAAACAAAAGACGAAUUGGAAUCUCUGGGUUGUAGAAUCACGACAAUUGAGAUUUCGGAACCAAAGUUGGAAAAUCAAAGUAUGGAAGAGGAAAUCAAAUUAAAAGAAAUGUAUUCUAACCAGUCUUUAGUAGAUUCUAAUAGCAUUUGGGGUCAAAAUGGGUCUGUUGAGAAGAAGAAAGAUACUCCUAAGUCAAUAGAAGAAGGGAAUGACGAUAUAUUGGUAGAAUUAAUAGUAUCCCAGGAUGAAAACCUUUCAGAAAAUAAAAAAGAUGAUCAAACUGAAAACCUUACUAAAUUUGAGUCAAUAGAAAACUUUGAAAUUUCAAGGAAAAACUCUCAAAUGCUACCGAAUUUAGUGGGGAUUAUGGGCUUUGAAGAAAGUAAUGAUUAUAGUGAAAUUGAAAAAAAACAAAGUCAUAUAGAAGCUGAAAAUAUCAAAACAGAAAGAAUUGCAACUACUAACCAAGAAAAUAUAAAUGCAGAUAAUUUUCAAACUGAUCAAAAUAUGCAAUUCAAAAUGGAUAUUAGUGAAACAAAGCAAGAUGAUCGAGAAAAGUUGAGUAAAUCUAACCACGAAAAAGACAUAUUUAAGCUUAUUCAAGGCUUCCAAAGUAGUAAAGAGUCAGAUUGCUCUCCUUUCCGCGAGAAAUCUGAAACUCACCAUAAUAAGAAGCCAAAUAGAUCUUCUCCGUAUUAUUGUUCACAUGGAAAGAAUAAUAAGAGCUUUGGAGUAUUUGAUCAAUUAAUAAGUUUAGCAAAAAAUCGAAAUAUUGCAAGAACUGUCUCAAAAGACCUUUCUAGGGAAAGUAUUCGUGCCAUUGAAAUAAUUAAAAAAUCCAGAAAACCAAAGUAG